AUGAUUUGUUUCAAAUGUGGGAGAUUUGGUCAUGUUGUUGAUCAUUGUCCGGCGAAGACUCAUAGUAGCAACCCUGAUGUGCCGGUGACGGUGACUGUGGUUGACGAUGAGGGUGUUGAUGCAAGAUUCAAGGAUGUUAAUCCGAAAAUUUUGGAAGAUUUUGGGACAACACCUGGGUCUUCUAGUGUGAGACCUGCUGUGUCGAGACAGACAGCUGUCGAGAAAGAACAUGUGGUGGUCAGGGGUAGUAGAGGGUCAGAUGAGGUUCAUAAAUGGGUGGUUGCUCAGAAGGAUGGUAGAGUAGAUCUUGCAAAUUUAGAGAACCCUGUUGUGUCUAUGGAUAAUCAUAAAGACCCUCAAUUCCCUCAUCCUUCUGCCCCGGAUAAUGUUGGUAUAAUAGACCAUAAUACUAUGGAUAUGGUUACGGCAUUAUUAGGAGCAUCGACCUCAGUUAAUAUGGGUAUUGAUCAGGCGAAAAGGAAUGGAGAUGUGGAGGGCCCUGUUGAUAAUCCUAUGAGGGCGGUUUCGCCAAAUUUUAGAAGAGCUAUUAAUGAAUAUAGAAGGCUUUAUAAAAUUGAUGUGAUAGCCUUAUUGGAGACUCGUGUUUCUGGAUCCCAAGCUGAUAAAAUUUGUAAAGACUUGGGGUUUGAACAUUGGCUCAGAGUUGAGGCUUUUAGUUUUAGUGGAGGCAUUUGGGUUUGCUGGAACAACAAUGGAUUUGAGUUGAAAGUGCUAAACACUCAUCCUCAAUUUGUUAAUUGCAGAAUCAAGCCUACUUGGGGUUCUCCUUGGAUUGUUAGCUUUGUAUAUGGGAGUCCCAACACUGGUCUUAGACGCUUGUUAUGGGAGGACAUUAGACUUUCUUGUUUGAAUAUGGAUGAGGAGUGGGUGGUAUUGGGAGAUUUUAAUGUUGUGGUCUCUAUGGAGGAACAAUAUGGGUAUCGUACUUAUAAUGCCAGUGGUUCUAGAAAGUUUCAAAUUUGGCUUUUUGAUACUGCUUUGGUGGACAUAGGGUAUGAAGGGGUGCCUUUUACUUGGAGUAGGAGCGAUGGGAGAGAUGGUAUUAAGAUGGCUAGAUUGGAUAGAGGAGUAUGCACAACGGCUUGGUGGAGAUUUGCUGAGGCUAGGAUUGUUCAUCCUCCUAAAUUCCAUUCGGAUCAUUGCCCUAUUAUUUUAUCUUUGGGAGAGCAACCUUUGCCAAAUGGUAAUUUCUUCCGUUGCCAAGCAGCUUGGUUUGCUCAUCCUGAUUUUGUUGAUUCUGUUCGUACUAUUUGGAAUCAUUCUAAUGAGCUGUGGAGCAAUAUUGAGAGUCUACAGCAAGGAUUAAUGAAAUGGAAUAGAGAGGAAUUUGGAAAUAUUUUUGCUAAGAAACGUCAGGUUUUGAGGAGAAUUGAAGGGGUACAGCGUGCUCUUACUUUGAACGGGUACUCUCCUAAUUUAGUCAAGCUGGACUUUCUUUUACGUCAGAAGAUGGAGGAGGUUUUAAAACAGGAAGAGCUCUACUGGUUCCAACGAUCAAAGGAAGAAUGGAUUGUCUCUGGUGAGCGAAACACUAAAUUCUACCAUCUGGCUGCUAAAGUUAAAAAGAAGAGAAAAUUAAUUUUGGCGUUUCAAGACUCUAAUGUGCAGUGGGUGACUGAUGAGGCUUCGUUAGAAAAUUUGGUUGUUCAGUUUUAUAAGGGCUUGUUCAUUAAUGAUUCGACUUAUGUGUUGUCUAAUCUUGAAGGCAUUGCUUGUCAUCGAAUCCCUGAGGAGCUUCAUGCUGACCUUGACAAACCAUAUCAGAAAGAGGAAGUGGCUUGA